UGCGGGUGGGGAGGGGGAACCUCGCCUUCGUAACGACGGCUCGCGCGUUCGCUUGCCACGUGACCCCCCCGAACCUGCGCGAGGAGGGCUGCUGAGGCGCGCGCGCACGCCGCGGCUCGAGCGCAUCGCUCUCCUACUCCUAGGGGACUUCGCGGGACGCGAGGAGCGCGGGAGUGGCAGCCCGGCCACUUUCCACGCGAACGACGAGACGACAUGCUUUGCGGGGGGGAGUGCGCGACAGCGGGACGCUGCGGGCUCCGCGUGAGUUGCGCUCCCCAGUCACACCCCUGCCACUUUUAGGAAAGUGUCCUCCGCCGCCGUGCCGAGGAAGAAGAACGCGCCCAACUAAGGCGCCGGGGAAGGCGAACCCGAGCGCGAGCGGGCGCGCGAGGGGACUUCCUGCGAAGACGCUCACGUUCUCCUCGCCUCCUCGUAUCUAUGCGCGUUGUCUUCGCGGAGGUCACUCUGGCAAGCCUGGCUGGAGAUGGUCUGGGCAGAAUGUAAGCUAGCAGAAGCCAGGUGCAGAAGACGCAGACUGCGGCCCAUGGUCAUGAAGCUCCCUUGCUCCUUGUGGUUCCUGCUGCUGUUUGGAGCUGGGGGCAUGGUGCUCUUCACACACCUGCAGGACCUCUCCGAGACCUUCCAGCAGCAAGCUCCAGGUGUGAAGCUGAGAUUCGCAGGCCAGUCCAGGAGAAAGGACCUGUGCGCUACGGAGGCUGCGGACAGCGGCCCGAGCCUGGAAGGGAAGUCGGCCGCACAGGGCCCGUCCAGCCCCAUCCCCCCCAUGCAGUUCCCCGCCUUCGAGUGGACGUGGCAACCGGCCACGUCGGGCUCCCGGGGGCAGGAAGUAAACCCGGCCCGCGUUACCAAGAGCCACAGGAAGCUCCUGCUGAAGAGCAACCCCGUGGGGCAGACGCACAACUCCUCCUCUUCGACUUCCCCUUCUUCCUCGUCCUCCUUGCGGGACGGCUGGCGCAGGCUGGCCAGGGUCCAGCAGGACCGCAAGCAACUGAUGAAGGAGGUUUGCGCCAAGUACAAAAGCCAGAGCACGAGGACUGUCACUCCCCAGCACGUGUCACGUAUCUUCGUGGAGGACAGGCACAAGCUGCUGUACUGCGAGGUGCCCAAGGUGGGCUGCUCCAACUGGAAGAGGGUCUUGAUGGUGCUCGGUGGCUCGGCCGCCUCCACCCAGGAGAUCCCGCAUGAGGCCGUGCACUACGGCAACCACCUGAAGCGUCUGGACAGCUUCGACCGCCGCGGCAUCGCCCGGCGCCUCGACACUUACACCAAAGUGCUCUUCGUGCGGGAGCCCUUCGAGCGGCUGGUCUCUGCCUUCCGGGACAAGUUUGAGAGCCCUAACACCUACUACCACCCGGUGUUCGGCAGGCCCAUCAUCUCCAGGUACCGGGCGAACGCCUCGCAAGCAGCCCUCAGGACAGGCACCGGCGUCACCUUCAAGGAGUUCAUGCAGUACCUGCUGGACGUGCACCGGCCCGUGGGCAUGGACAUCCACUGGGAGCACGUGAACCAGCUGUGCAGCCCCUGCCUGCUGCGGUACGACUUCAUAGGGCGUUUCGAGACCAUGGAGGAGGACGCCAACUUCCUCCUGCGCAGGGCGGGAGCCCCCAGCAACCUCACCUUCCCAGUCUUCAAGGACAGAAACCCACAUGCGGAGCGCACCUCCGCCCGCAUCACCCAGCGCUACUUUGCACAGCUCAACGCCUCCGAGAGGCAGAGGGCCUACGACUUCUACUACAUGGACUACCUGAUGUUCAACUACUCCAAGCCUUUCAAGGACCUCUACUGAGGCCUCCUGCCGGACGUCGGACUUGCGCUCGUCUUUCCCCCGUAGCGGCCGCUUGGAACCGGGCCGUACGUGCGCACACGCUGCGAACCAUCCAAACCCACAUGUUCGGUAGCGGAUCAUGACCACAACCUCCGGAAAACAUGACGGAACGUGCGUAGACGUAGACUGAGUGAAAAAAAGACCAAUGGCUUUGGAGAACGUUCUAGUGAAUGCGACAUCGGGAGAGUCCUACGGUGGGAGCGUCCUGGAAAGAUCCCCAAACAAUUCAAGCGAGUCCUGCGAACACAGGCGACAGGCUUACCACGAUGUACCGCGGUCCCGCACUUCCUACCCCGACACAGAUCACCGCAAGGCAGGCUGGUCCCUGUGCAUCGAUGCCCAGAAAUACAUACUCCAUUAAACAGAUGCACAUGUGUCGUACGGUAAAUCCAAAAAUCCUAUUAAAAAAAAAUGAAAACGCUCUACCUGUAAAGGAAUAUAUAUUUUUGCACAUUUAUAUAAUGAGUUUAAGCAUAAAGAUUUGUUUUCGACGUAUCUUCUGAUAUAUGAGAUCAUUCAGUGGUCAACCCCGGCAGUCUGCAGCGCGUUCAGGAUUUCCCUUGGCAUCAAAGCCACUGGAAACCAGAAAGCGUCGUCCGCAUUAGUUUAACUGGUGUAAUAGUUAGGUAAAAAGAGUACGCAAGUGCUCCGGAAGACUGUAAACCCCCAUGGGCACCGUGAUCCACCAGGACCAUGUGGUACCUCGACUAGGAGGCGCAGUAGGUAGCACCGCGCUUAGAUGUGCUGCCAUCGGACUCAUAGGUUGCAACGUCAGAUCCCGCUGCCUGCUGUAGUACCCUUGAGCAAGGUACAUACCCUGAAUUGCUCCGGUAAAAAUUACCCAGCUCUAUACGUGGCUAAAUAAUUGCAGGUAGCGUCUCCGUUGAAGGAUGCUUUGAAGAAACAGACAGAAGCACUUGGCUGCCUGGUGCUGGAUUUCUACGAGAAGAAGAGUGCAAUAUCUCAAACGCGCGCUCCGAAGGUGUAAAUGUCGCUAAAGAAUUAAAUAAUCCAUAACACGCAUAAUCCGGUCCAUAAGAUUGUAUUUAUUUGCUGCGUUGGCUUUUGUUGUUCCCAGACGGUCCAUUCCGUGUGCUGAUGGUGGUGACAUUCUCAUCAAGUUUCGUUUGGUGCUCUGGUCCAGAGUCGCUGUUCUGGGAUCAGUGCCACGGUCCCUUCCGGACCGUCUUUACCCUCUUUCUCUUACGAUGUCGGGGUUUUAUGUAUGGAUGUAUGGGUGCAAUAGAGUUCAAGUGUAUGCGGUAACAAGUGAAUGUACAGUUGUUUUAUGGUCCGUGCACAAACGUGGAAAUAUUAUUUAUGAUCUCAAACCCUUUGCCUUAUUUUUCA